UCUCAAUCCUCUCACCAAAUCAAACUCCUUCACACAUUUCCAUUUCAAAUUAUCUUCAUCUCUCUCUCUUAUAUCUCCUCUCCAAUUCACUUCUUCACUGACCUCUGUCUAAGAAACAGAGCCAUCAUCAGCCAUGGCAUCUUCUUCUUCUCUAACUCUCUCCCAAGCUCUCCUCUCCCGUUCAACUUCCCACCAUGUCUCAAACCCAUCUCCCCCUUCCGACCGUCUCAAUCUCCCCGCCCCCAUCUCUUUCUCCGCCCUCAAAUCCACCGCUUCUUCCCCUUCUUCUCUCCCAACUCGCUCACGCCGUUCCAUUAACUCGCGUCGCGUCUCUGUUCGCGCAUCGGCGGCUGUGGAAACGUUAGAGAAGACUGAAAAUACCCUAGUUGAUAAAUCUGUUAACACGAUUCGAUUUCUUGCGAUUGAUGCUGUUGAGAAAGCGAAUUCGGGUCAUCCUGGUUUACCUAUGGGUUGUGCGCCAAUGGGUCAUAUUCUUUAUGAUGAAAUUAUGAGGUAUAACCCGAAAAACCCUUAUUGGUUUAAUCGUGAUCGGUUUGUUCUUUCGGCUGGACAUGGUUGUAUGCUUCAGUAUGCUCUUCUUCACUUAGCUGGAUACGACAGUGUUCAGGAAGAAGAUUUGAAGAGUUUUCGUCAAUGGGGAAGUAAAAUUCCUGGUCACCCAGAAAACUUUGAAACCCCUGGUGUUGAAGUUACAACUGGUCCUCUUGGACAAGGAAUUGCUAAUGCUGUUGGAUUAGCUCUUGCUGAGAAGCAUUUGGCUGCUCGUUUCAACAAGCCAGAUGCUGAGAUUGUCGAUCAUUACACAUAUGUGAUAUUGGGUGAUGGUUGUCAAAUGGAGGGAAUUGCUAAUGAAGCUUGUUCAUUAGCUGGACAUUGGGGACUUGGAAAGCUUAUUGCUUUCUAUGAUGAUAAUCAUAUUUCAAUUGAUGGUGAUACUGAGAUUGCUUUUACCGAAAGUGUUGACACUCGUUUUGAAGCUCUCGGUUGGCAUGUUAUCUGGGUUAAGAAUGGAAACACGGGUUAUGAUGAAAUUCGUGCUGCUAUUCAGGAAGCUAAGGCGGUCACUGACAAGCCAACAUUGAUCAAGGUAACUACUACAAUUGGGUUUGGUUCUCCGAACAAGGCAAACUCGUAUAGUGUACAUGGUAGUGCUCUUGGAGCUAAGGAAGUUGAUGCAACGAGGAAGAACCUUGGAUGGCCAUACGAACCUUUCCAUGUGCCCGAGGAUGUGAAGAGUCAUUGGAGUCGCCAUACUCCGAUUGGGGCUAAGCUUGAAGCUGAAUGGAACGCGAAGUAUGCUGAGUACGAGAAGAAGUAUGCGGAUGAGGCUGUGGAUUUUAAGUCGAUCUUAUCGGGUGAAUUACCUUCGGGUUGGGAGAAAGCUCUUCCGACAUACACUACCGAAAGUGCAGCUGAUGCGACUAGAAACCUAUCCCAACAAAAUCUAAACGCUCUUGCCAAAGUACUCCCCGGUUUCGUGGGUGGAAGUGCCGAUCUCGCCUCUUCAAACAUGACCCUACUAAAAUCGUUUGGCGAUUUCCAAAAGAACACCCCUGAGGAACGUAACAUCCGAUUUGGCGUUCGUGAACACGCAAUGGGAGCAAUAUGUAAUGGAAUUGCUCUACAUAGCCCCGGUUUCAUCCCCUAUUGCGCAACAUUCUUCGUCUUCACCGACUACAUGAGAGCUGCCAUGAGAAUCUCCGCCUUAUCGGAAGCUAGGGUUAUCUAUGUCAUGACCCACGACUCGAUCGGGCUAGGAGAGGACGGUCCGACCCAUCAACCUAUCGAGCAUUUAGCUAGCUUUCGAGCCAUGCCCAACAUCUACAUGAUGCGCCCGGCUGAUGGAACCGAGACCGCAGGUGCCUAUAAAGUGGCAGUCGAAGCCAAGAAAACGCCAACUGUUUUGGCGCUCUCUCGUCAAAAGUUGCCACAACUGGUUGGAUCUUCGAUUGAAGGAGUCGAGAAGGGUGGUUACAUUCUAACGGAUAAUUCCACGGGUAAUAAACCGGAUGCGAUCUUGAUCGGAACCGGUUCGGAAUUGGAAAUCGUUGUGAAAGCAGCCGAUGAGCUAAGAAAAGAAGGGAAGACGGUUAGGGUUGUUUCGCUUGUUUGUUGGGAACUCUAUCUCGCUCAAUCGGACGAGUAUAAAGAGAGUGUACUUCCUAAGGGGGUUAACGCCAAGGUUAGUUUGGAAGCGGGAUCAACGCUUGGAUGGGAGAAAUUCGUUGGGAGUAACGGGAAAGCGAUUGGCAUUGAUCGUUUUGGUGCGAGUGCUCCAGCCCCAAAGAUUUAUCAGGAGUAUGGAAUCACUGCUGAGGCAGUGAUCGCCGCGGCUAAAGCCAUCAUCGGUUAGGGUUUUUUUGUCCGGUUGGAUGGUGAAAGGCGAAGCUAGCUACAGCAUUGCUCGAGAAUUGGGUUAUCGGGUUUUGUUCAUAUUUGUUCAAGAAUCUAUUUUGAAAACGCUAUCGGAUCUUUCGCAUUUCGUUUCAUUUUAAUAAUAAUAAGUGCGCUAUAAGAAUAGUUCUCAUCUCUUUCUCGCAAUGUAUCUCUUUGACAAAUUGUUACCAAAAUCCAUUAGAGAGUCUUUGUGUUAAUAAAUUGUUUUUUAUGAA